AUGGCGGAGAUGCAAGAGACGCCCGGUGGCGAGCCGUUUCCGCCUCUGGCCGACGUCGCCGCCGCCGCGCCCGAGGCACCCUCCCCCAAGAUCAAAGGCCGCCAGCGACUCCUGCGAGGACUCCAGCGCAUCUCCUCAUCGCCGUCCCUCACCAGCCUCCGACGCGGCCGCUCCGCCAGCAGCCCUUACCAUGGCGGGAGCCGUACUUCGCUGUCCUGUGUCAGCCUCGCCGGCGUGCCCCCUCAGUCGCCGCUUCGCUACGGGACGCCCCAGCCCUCGCCUCUCGUUCGAUCCGACACGCCAGACUCCGAGUUUCCCUUUCACGACUGCGUCGAGGAGCAGCCCGGCGUUAGGACCGUCCGAGUUAUCCCCCCGUCCGCACCCUCGACCGCCCACCUCCCCGCCGACCUACGCGCCCAAUCCAAAGUUGUCUCAAAGCCGCCAUUUCCAUUCUGGGACAAGAUGCCCCAGGAACUGCGGAUUGCUAUUUUCGCCCACCUCGAGCCCAAGGAGCUGGUCCGUGUCUCACGCGUUAGUAAGACCUUUUACAAGGUUUGCUUUGAUGGCCAGCUCUGGACCUCGUUCAAUGCUUCCGAGUUCUACCAGAAUAUCCCUGCCGAUUCGCUGGCCCGAAUUAUUGUUGCCGCCGGGCCAUUUAUCAAAGAUCUCAACCUUCGCGGCUGUGUUCAGGUAGAGCACUACCGUCGCACCGAAGCCAUCGUCAAGGCCUGCAGGAAUCUCAUCAACGCUACACUCGAAGGCUGCCGCAACUUUCAAAAGACGACAUUGCACAGCCUACUCCGAUCCAAUGACAAGCUGGUCCAUCUCAACCUGACUGGCCUCUAUGCCGUGUCCAAUUCUGCCUGUCGAAUCGUGGCGGAAUCUUGUCCCCAGCUCGAGAGCCUCAAUGUCUCUUGGUGCCAAAAGGUUGAUGCUAGGGGCAUUAAACUAGUGGUAGACUCAUGCAAGCAUCUAAGAGACCUACGUGCCGGUGAGGUCAAGGGAUUUGACAGCUUGGAGACGGCGGAAUCCAUAUUCACGACCAAUACCCUCGAGCGACUGGUCUUGAGUGGCUGCGUGGACCUCACCGAUGAAGCACUGAAAAUCAUGAUGCACGGUGCGGACCCCGAAAUCGAUAUACUCACCGAUCGUCCCAUUGUCCCGCCACGAAAGCUGCGCCAUUUAGAUCUCAGUCGAUGCACGCAGAUCACCCCCGCUGGCGUCAAAGCCAUUGGCUAUGCCACUCCUGAGCUAGAAGGCCUGCAACUGUCGGGCUGCAAGACCCUAACAGACGCUGCCCUGGAACCGAUCCUCGCCUCUACGCCUCGUCUCACACACCUCGAACUCGAAGAUCUCGGUGAGCUCACCAACUCUCUCCUCUCCGAGCACCUCGUCAAGGCGCCCUGCGCAGGCUCUCUCCAGCACCUCUCCCUCAGCUACUGCGCAAAUAUUGGUGACACGGGCGUCCUGCCCGUCAUGCAGACGUGCGCCCAGCUCCGCAGCUGCGACCUCGACAACACCCGCAUUAGCGACCUCGUCCUCGCCGAGGCGGCGGCCGCGGUCGCCAAACGCGCGAAGCGCUCCACGCAGGCCGUGGCACCGGCUGUCACGCUGUCCCUCGUCGUCUACGACUGCCACCACGUGACGUGGGCCGGCGUGCGCGAGGUGCUCUUCCGCAACGCCCAGGUCAAGGCCAAGUCGGUCGGCGUCACCUACCCGGGCGAGAUGAUAUCCCUCAAGUGCUUCUACGGCUUCCAGAUGACCGUCGACGAGCACCAAAAACGCGUCUUGAGCGGCGACUUUGCCGCCGCCGCCCGUCUGGAGCGCAAGUGGGCAGACUACAUGCAGGCUACCGAGGAGGCCGGCGCUGCUGGUGCUGGACACCGGCGGCGCAGACGGCGGGCGCGCGAAACGCAGGCGCUGCAUCUCGAUGAAGAGGAUGGCGUCAUCGGGAGACGACGAGCCCGCACUAUGGGAUCCUGCAGCGUCAUGUAA